CGGUAAGAGCUGAAUGCAGGCUAUCGGUUCUACGUCUACGAGAUAAGAUUAUGAGCCCUUUCUCCUAUGCUAGCCUAUAGCCAAGGUAGCCUACAAUAUGUGUCCACAUAAAUCAAUAGAUAGGAUAUGACAACGAAGAGUGCGUAACAUGAUCACGGAGUCUUGGAUACAGCAUCUUCAAGUAGCCUGCAAUAUUUGAAACAAACUAAACCGCGCGAUGUAUGAGGACGUUUCAGGACCCAUCCCAUUGUAGUCGGAGCUGCAGUCACUUGCCUCAUAAGGAUAACGUCUGACGUUUCUCCAGUAACCUCCAGCCUACAUGCAUGUUUGUGGUGCUGAAUUUAAACAGACGGGAUUGUUUCGUGAGACGUAAAUUGUCAUUUGUUCGGAUCAGAAUGAAACAUUUUGAAUGGCUCGUUUCCACUUACAAUUCAAGUACGAGGGACGUUAGUGUGCAGCACCGUCUGUGAAGUUCAGACAACCAACAAAGGAUAUGGAACCGAAAUAUGACAUGUUUUUGGUUUGUUGCAAACCUGCCUUGUUUUAAAUGAUCUGCGUUGAUGAAUAUGAAUGCCGUAUCCUUAAAACAUUACGGUAGGCUACAUGUUUAGACCAGAAUACGCUUUUUGAUAGGUCUUGUCCAUCAACAUGUGGCACUUUGAAGGUCCGUAGACAUUAUGAUGAAUCAAGAAGCAACUACUGAAAGGAUAAUGUGUAAUAAUUCACACUAAUAUGAAAACACCUUAUUGUUAUAAUGGAUGAGAAAUCCAAUAAGCUGAUCUUAGUUCCUAUUUUAGCUGUUCUUUUUGUAAUGAUAGGCUAUCAAUAUAUCUGUCCAGCUGGCAGCAAUUCUUGCCACUUUAAUACCGGGGAAAAAUUGAGAGGGGCCAGUCUACUUUCUACCCAAUAUCGGACAAACGAAGACUUUUACACAGAACUGGAGGAUGACAGCCCACCGAAACUGCCGUCAAAAUUCAACUUUACUGAACGAGACCUUCAGCGGCACGUGGAUUUCAAUAUCAAAGGAGACGAUGUGAUAGUGUUUUUACACAUUCAAAAGACUGGUGGAACCACGUUUGGAAGGCACUUAGUUAGGAAUAUUCGUUUGGAGCAGCCAUGCGACUGUAAGUCAGGGCAGAAGAAAUGUACAUGCCACCGACCAGGCAAAGACGAGUCCUGGCUGUUCUCUCGGUUCUCUACGGGCUGGAGCUGUGGUUUGCAUGCCGACUGGACAGAGCUCACCAACUGUGUACCUGUCAUAAUGGACAAGAAGAAAGCUCAAAAGAACAAAAGGAACUUCUACUACAUAACCAUGCUGCGUGACCCCGUCUCCCGCUACCUGAGCGAAUGGAAACACGUGCAGCGCGGCGCCACCUGGAAGACCUCCCUGCACAUGUGUGACGGGCGCUCGCCCACGCAGGACGAACUGCCCACCUGCUACAGCGGGGACGACUGGUUGGGCGUCACCCUGACCGAGUUCAUGGACUGCCCCUCUAACCUGGCCAACAACCGGCAGGUGCGCAUGCUGGCCGACCUCAGCCUGGUGGGCUGCUACAACCUGUUAUCCAUGAACGAGAGCGAGCGCAACCACAUCCUGCUGGGCAGCGCCAUGAACAACCUGAAGAACAUGGCCUUCUACGGCCUGACCGAGUUCCAGCGCAAGACGCAGUACCUGUUUGAGAGGACGUUCAGCCUGCACUUCAUCGCCGCCUUCACGCAGAUCAACAGCACGCGCGCCGCCAACGUGGACCUGAGCGAAGCUGUGCGCCGCCGCAUCGAGGAGCUAAACUACCUGGACGUGCAGCUGUACGAGUACGCCAAGGACCUGUUCCUCCAGCGCUUCCAAUACACCCGCCAGCGGCAGCACCAGGAGGAGCGCAUGAAGAGGCGCGAGGAGCGCCGUUGGCUGCGGGAGCAGAGGAGGGACUCUCUCCCCAAACGACAGGUGGGCGGGGGAGGGGGCGGAGACGAGCUGGCCACCACCACCGAAGACUACACCAGCCAGGUGGUUCGCUGGUGAGGUCCCACACCUGACCACCCAGAGAUAGGCACAGAACAGUCAGUCUCACAUGGUACUCUCUCUCUCUCUCUCUCUCUCUCUCUCUCUCUCUCUCUCUCUCUCUCUCUCCCUCUCUCUCUCUCUCUGUCUCUCUCUCUCUCUCUCUCUCUCUCUCUCUCUCUCUCUCUCUCUCUCUCUCUCUCUCUCUCUCUCUCUCUCUCUCUCUCUCUCUCUCUCUCUCUCUCUCUCUCUGUCUCUCUCUCUCUCUCUCUCUCUCUCUCUCUCUCUCUCUCUCUCUCUCUCUCUCUCUCUCUC